GGACGGUGCUGGAGGCGUUGCCGGCGAGCCAGAGGCCCCCUCCGCCACCCGCCUGCCUGGCGGAGGCCGGCGAUUGGGCGCAAUGGGCGCGUGACUCCCCGCGGGCCUGCGCCCCUGCAUCGCGGUGGGAGGGCUGGAGGGUGGGAGGCUGUCCUCUCCGGUCGCCUCAACUCCGCCCCCUCCCACCUAUCCGCUAACGCCACGCAGCCCUUCACCCUCUAUAGGAGCAUCUUGUGGGGAAGAUGGAGGGGCUGAAAGACAAAACGCUGCAGGAGCUGGAGGACAUGCAGAAUGACCCGGAUGCCAUUACCCGGCUGGCCUUGGAGUCUCCUGAGGUCCAGGACCUUCAGUUAGAACGAGAGAUGGCACUAGCCACCAACCGGAGCCUGGCAGAGCAGAACUUGGAGUUCCAGGGUCCCUUGGAAAUCAGCCGCUCUAACCUUUCAGACAAAUACCAGGAGCUGCGGAAGCUUGUGGAACGGUGCCAGGAACAGAAAGCCAAGCUGGAGAAAUUUUCCUCAGCAUUGCAACCUGGGACCUUGCUGGACCUUCUGCAGAUCGAAGGCAUGAAGAUUGAGGAGGAGUCUGAGGCCAUGGCUGAGAAGUUCCUGGAAGGUGAGGUGCCCUUGGAGACCUUCUUAGAGUCCUUCUCCUCCAUGAGGACACUGCUGCACCUGCGCCGAGUCCGCGUGGAGAAGCUCCAGGACGUGGUGAGGCGGCCCCGGGCUUUGCCGGAGUUGGCUGGAGAUGCCCCUCCACCACGUCCACCGCCCCCACGCCCAGCGCCCCAGGCGACACCCCCUGUGACUGAAGACCAGCCUCCACAGCCCUCUGUUGUGACUCCCUACCCUUUACCCUACAGCCCAUCGCCAGGCUUGCCUGUGGGCCCUACAGCCCAGGGAGCCCUACAGCCAGCCCCCUUCCCUGUGGUGUCCCAGCCUUCCUCCUAUGGUGGGCCUCUGGGUCCAUCUUACCCAGCACCUCAGCCAGGACCCAGGGCUGCUGCGGGCUACUCUUGGUCCCCACAGAGGAGUGUGCCACCUGUGCCUGGCUAUCCUAUGGUCCCAACUAGCACCUCUGGUCCAGGAUACCCAUUAAUGGGAAGCCGAGCUCCUGCUCCUGGGUAUCCCCAACAGUCCCCCUACCUACCAUCAAGAAGCAAACCUCCCUACCCAACACAACCUCAGCUCCCAGGCUUCCCAGGACAGCCACAGCCUCCAGUGCCCCCUCAACCUCCAUAUCCUCCUGGGCCAACCCCUCCCUAUGGCUUUCAUCCUCCAGGACCUGCCUGGCCUAGAUACUAGCCCUGAUCCCUGUCCACCUUCUUCCUUCCAUCUGCACCAUGACCUCUGGCCUCCAUCUGCUGAGAUUUGAGGUUGACACUGGAAGUGGGGCCAAUACUCCCUGCAGAGUAGGGACACAUAGGCCCCUGAAAGGCCCUGGACAGUGCAACAUGGGUCCUUCUGGGAGCACCUUUUGCCAGGGACCAGCUCAGCACAUCCUGAGGUAGCCUGGUGUGAGCCCAGGAUUCUCCAGUGUCUGCAUGAGCAAGUGUGUUCGACUAUGCACGGCUUCCUGCGCUUGCUCCCUGCCAUCUGAACCAGUGCAGAGUGAUCUUGAUGACAGGCAGGCUCUCCCUUAGAACUUGGCAUGAUUCAUGUGGAGCCAAGGGCCAAGGGACACAGCUCUGUCUUUCCAUUUAAGGAUGGUCUAUCUCAUUUACCACAGUUGGGUCGACGGAAGUAACAGUCAGGAAAAACAGGGACUUUGAGUCCUAAAAGCCAUAAUUUAGCUGCUGUGCCAAUGUCAGGCUAGUAUGUUCUGUGCGCUGGCUGGAACCACAGCAGCACUGAUGAGGGAGCUGGGGAAUGCCAGGGGAAACCCAGGCCUCGCUUGUAUGUUUGAAUGCCCUAGGGGUCACCCUGAAGCCUCUGGCUGGGGUUGAGGACCCGGUUACCUCCCAGCCACCAUUUCACUCCUGGGGCCCUCUACUUCCGGCUGGCUUUUUCUGAGGUUCACCCAUCCCUCCACUCCUUUAGUGCCUUGAAUCUCAUUCGCUAGUAGCCCCUCUAUCCUUGUGUUAUCCUGUCCUGUCCCCAAUGUUCCUGCAAGACAGAUAGCGGCCCUGCCCUCACAGAAUAUCCCAAUGGUGCUCCCAGACAUCAUCACUACAUUGGGUUGGUUUCUCUACACUCUCUCGUCUUCAGAAUGUAAAGAGCAGGGAUUGUGAGUGCAGCCCCAGCACUUGGUGGGGGCCAAAGCUGUUUAGUAAUAAAAGUGUCUACACUAUCUCAAAGGGGUUGCAGCAGACGAUACAUCAGUGUGGCCGGUCCAGAUGUGAACCAGGUCUCAGGGUGGCCCCUGGAGCUGCCACACGUUUGAAAGUUGUAUGUGCCUUGAAAUAUCUCCUGCCUGGGUACCCAGCCUCUGGUGGGCCAAGGUGCUGGGGUCACGGAGGAACCCCAUCUUCUGGUGCCACCCUGCCCACAGGGUGCAUUACCAACUCUGCUUGCUUCUCCUAAGUUAUUUAUAGAAAGGAAUCACUAAUGGAGUCUGGUCGACUGCUGCUGAACUGAAUGAAUGACCGCCUGUUUGUGUAAUUGCCAUAAUAAACGUUGAUGAGUUCCCA